CCAACCCCCACCCAACAAAGGCGGAGAAAUCAACACUCACUCCCCUUCCUCGAACACAUCGACUGUCCCUCCUCCUUUUUCUUCUUCCUCCUCUCUCCCUUCACAUCUCCAUCUCGACUUCUUAUUCAAGCUCUCUCUCUCUUAAUCAAUCAAGCAAUUCGGCACAUUUCGGGGAUUACGAGGUGCUAUUGCAUACAAGAUGGAGGCGACAAUGCCCAUGAGCAAAUCCGUCACUUCACGUCCUGGUGUAAUUGUGGGGCGGAACUUCGGGAUUCGGAGUUCGCAAUGUAGCUUUAUGGUUGGAAGCAAGAUUAACUUCCCAAGACAGAGGGCCCAUGCCCUGCAAGUCAGUCAUAAGUCUAAGAAAAGGGGUGGAGCUCUUAAUGUAACUUGCCGUGCCGAAAAGAUUCUGGUGGCGAACAGAGGGGAGAUCGCUGUCCGCGUUAUCCGAACUGCUCAUGAAUUGGGCAUCCCUUGUGUGGCCGUUUACUCUACUAUUGACAAAGAUGCCCUUCAUGUGAAAUUGGCAGAUGAUUCAGUUUGCAUUGGUGAAGCCCCAAGCAGCCAAUCCUAUCUAUUGAUUCCAAAUGUUCUAUCUGCCGCCAUCAGCCGUGGAUGUACCAUGCUCCAUCCUGGAUAUGGUUUCCUUGCUGAAAAUGCAGUAUUCGUGGAGAUGUGCAGAGAGCAUGGAAUUAACUUUAUAGGACCUAAUCCUGACAGCAUCCGUGUUAUGGGUGACAAAUCUACCGCUAGAGAUACAAUGAAGAAUGCUGGUGUUCCAACUGUACCAGGAAGUGAUGGACUAUUGCAGAGCACAGAGGAAGCAAUCAGGCUUGCGAAGGAGAUUGGUUUUCCUGUGAUGAUUAAGGCCACAGCUGGAGGUGGAGGACGAGGCAUGCGUCUUGCUAAAGAGCCAGAAGAGUUCGUCAAGUUGUUACAGCAAGCCAAAAGCGAGGCUGCAGCAGCGUUUGGGAAUGAUGGAGUUUACUUGGAAAAAUAUAUUCAGAAUCCAAGACACAUUGAAUUCCAGGUUCUUGCUGAUAAAUAUGGCAAUGUUGUUCACUUUGGAGAGCGUGACUGCAGCAUCCAGAGAAGGAACCAGAAACUGCUGGAAGAAGCUCCCUCUCCUGCAUUAACCCCAGAGUUGAGGAAAGCCAUGGGUGAUGCAGCAGUUGCUGCAGCUGCAUCUAUAGGCUACAUUGGAGUGGGAACAGUCGAGUUUCUUUUGGAUGAGAGAGGUUCUUUCUAUUUCAUGGAAAUGAACACUAGAAUUCAGGUUGAGCACCCUGUGACGGAAAUGAUAUCUUCUGUUGAUCUGAUUGAGGAGCAAAUUCGUGUAGCCAUGGGAGAGAAGCUCCGCUACAAGCAGGAAGAUAUUGUGCUCAGAGGACAUUCAAUCGAAUGCCGUAUCAAUGCCGAAGAUGCAUUCAAAGGAUUCCGUCCUGGGCCAGGUAGAAUAACAUCAUAUCUUCCUUCUGGGGGCCCAUUUGUUAGAAUGGACAGCCAUGUCUAUCCCGAUUAUGUUGUUCCUCCAAGCUAUGAUUCUCUUCUUGGAAAGCUUAUUGUGUGGGCUCCGACAAGGGAAAAGGCAAUUGAGCGCAUGAAGAGGGCUCUUGAUGACACCAUCAUAACCGGGGUUCCCACAACCAUUGAAUACCACAAACUCAUCCUCGACAUUGAGGACUUCAAAAAUGGGAAAGUAGAUACUGCUUUCAUCCCGAAGCACGAGGAAGAGUUGAGGGAGCCUCAGAAGAUGGUGCUGUCAACUCCAAAGGAGCUAAGCAGUGCAACUGCUUAAAUAAAUUCUUGUCUCCUAAUGAUUCAUCAGUCAGAAUGCCCAUUAUAGCAUAAGGAUUCGUGUCAGUUUUCAUGGCUAACAGUUAAUUUUUGCUCAUGAUGUGUGUCGUUUUAUUUGAUUAGAAUAAGUGCCAAUUGAUCUUUGUUAGUACCAUAUAUUCAAAAUCUCAGUCAAGGGUUUAGAUAGGUUUCCUCUUAUUGUUUUCGGUCUUGAGACAGUUUUUGGAUACUUGAGCUUCUUUUUCAGAUAAAUUAUUUGCCUUUUUCGGGUUUUAAUUAACUUCCAGGGCAAGUCUGAGAUAGUUUCUUGGCCAUUGAUGAUAGUUGAGUUCUUUGUUA